AGCACCCUGUUGAAACAGCACGGCUUUAACAGGAAAAGCGCGCAGAUCCGUUUAGGGAAUCCGCCGCUGCUGAACUCGUUUAAAGAGCUGAAUCCUCCCGUCGCGACUCGGACACACAGCCUCGACUGCGCGCUGACUCCGACCGGACCCUCCUCAGUCCAUCACAGCGCUCUGACUCGUACAUCAGCAUGUUGGUCGCCGAGUUGAAUCGAGGUGGUCUUAACGCCGGUAUGACUGAGUUUCAGGAGAAACUGAGGCAGCAGCAUGAGAACUCCAUGCACCAAGAGCUGGAGAAGCUCCUCUCCACCACCAAGGGAGUGGAGGCUGAGAACUCCAGGAAAGAUUUUGAAGGAUUUAAGCACCUGUUCCAUAGGUUCCUGCAGGUGAAGGGGCCAUCAGUGGACUGGGCCAAAAUCAACAGACCUCCUGAGGAUUCGAUCCAGCCCUACGAGCGGAUCCAUGCGAAAGGUUUGCCGGAGGCCAUAGCGGCCAGUCUAAAUAAGUUGGCGGUGGUGAAGCUGAAUGGUGGUCUCGGCACCAGCAUGGGCUGCAAAGGCCCGAAGAGUCUGAUCAGCGUUCGGAAUGAGAACACCUUUUUGGACCUGACUGUGCAACAGAUUGAGCACCUAAAUAAGACGUAUAGCGCUGACGUCCCUCUGGUCCUGAUGAACAGCUUCAACACAGAUGAAGACACCAAGAAGAUUCUGCAGAAAUACACUCACCACCGAGUAAAAAUACACACCUUCAACCAGAGCAGGUACCCCAGGAUAAAUAAAGAGUCUCUGCUGCCUGUGGCGACCAAUAUGGGUCUGAUAGGUGAGAACGGUGAGGCAUGGUAUCCUCCUGGUCAUGGAGACAUAUACACCAGCUUCUGUAACUCAGGGCUGCUGGACAAGCUCCUCUCUGAGGGGAAAGAGUACAUCUUCGUCUCCAACAUCGAUAACCUGGGCGCUACGGUGGACCUGCACAUCCUCAACCACCUGAUGAGCCAACCAGCUGACAAACGCUGCGAAUUCGUCAUGGAGGUCACAGACAAAACACGGGCUGACGUCAAGGGUGGGACUCUGAUCCAGUAUGACAAUAAACUAAGGUUGCUGGAGAUCGCACAAGUGCCGAAAGCGCACGUCGACGAGUUCAAAUCCGUCACAAAGUUCAAAAUAUUCAACACCAACAACCUGUGGAUCAGCCUGCCGGCCAUAAAGAGACUGCAUGAGCAAAACACCCUGGACAUGGAGAUCAUCGUCAAUCCAAAGACACUAGAUGGUGGACUGAAUGUGAUCCAGCUGGAGACGGCUGUGGGCGCCGCCAUCAAGUGCUUCGACAACGCGCUGGGCAUCAAUGUCCCCCGUAGCCGCUUUCUUCCCGUGAAGACCACCUCCGACCUCCUACUGGUCAUGUCCAACCUGUAUAGCCUGGAGGCGGGCUCUCUGACCAUGAGCGAGAAGAGAGAGUUCCCCACCACGCCCCACGUCAAACUGGGCAGUUCAUUCACCAAGGUGCAGGAUUUCUUGCGGAGGUUUGAGAGUAUUCCAGACAUGCUGGAGCUGGAUCACCUCACCGUGUCUGGAGACGUCACUUUCGGAAAGCAAGUUGCUUUGAAGGGCACGGUCAUAAUCAUCGCUAAUCACGGAGAUCGGAUCGACAUUCCGGCCGGAGCGAUGCUGGAGAACAAGAUUGUCUCCGGAAACCUGCGCAUCCUGGACCACUGAAGCCUUUCUAGACUCAUAAUCUCAGCACCAGUCACACGCGCUGCCUCUUACUGCCUCUUAUAUGCCACCCGUAUCCAGCUUCUCAACUGUUACAGAGUCCGUCUGUCUGUCUGUGAGCGCUCAUCCAUGUGUGUAAGUGAAUGUAUGUAUAUGAGUAACGAUGCAUGCACAUACAGCACUGUGCGAAAGUUUUAGGCACGUGAAAGAAUUAGAGUGAAAACACUAACAGCAGAAUGAAUACAAAACAUAUUAAUUCAGAAAGUAAAUAUUUCCCAACCUCUCCGCGAGGAAACCUGCUGUUUAUUGCAGGUGUCAGUCUGGUUUGGUCACUAGAGCUGAAUGAUUUGGGGAAAAUAUCUGACUGCAAUUUUCCUUUUACUAAUAUUGCAGUUCAAAUGAGUCCGGCCUGAUUUAUUUUGGCCAGGAAGACCAGAAUAUCCACCUUUUUUGGCUUGAGGCUCGACCCCUGAACGUAGUGUGUCCAACGGCCAGUAAACGAUUUGGUUGCGUCUGAUUGGUCUACCUCAUCUGCAGGCAUUUCAGACUCUUAUCCGGUUCAGUUUCCCCUCUGAAAACUCAAAACAACCUUUUUGCUAAUGCACACACUUAAAAAUGAUGGUUCUUCAAGGGUUCUUUGGCCAAGACAAUGGUUCUAUAUAGAACCAUAAACACUCAACAGUCCAUUUGCAUGCUUAAAAUGGUUCUGCGGAUUGAUGGAGAAUGUGCUGUAUGUGAUUCUAUAUAGCAACUGUUUGAAAAGGUUUUAUAUAGCACCAAAAUGUUCUAUUGUUCCAAUGUCCAACAUCACAAUAGUAGAACCCUUUUUGAUUCUAUCUGGAACCCUAUACAACACAUUCUCCAUCAGUCUUAAGAACCAUUUCACCAUGCAGAUAACUUUUUAAGCAUGCAAAUGGGUUGU